GUAGAAGAAGAAGAAGAAGAAGAAGAGUCAGGAAGUGUCCGGAGCAGUAGUCAGCAGAGAUUAGCCUGAUUAGCCUCCAGGCUAACUCCGAACUCCUCCUGAUAUGACGUUUCUCCGAUAAAGUGUGAGUUUGAUCUAACUGCUCUUACUGCGCAGACUCAGUCACCCUAAUCCAGCUGUUACUCACGAGCGCGCCGCUGACGCUGCUAACUGUUAGCAUGUAGCUUAGCUUAGCUGGACUUCCGGUCAGCUGUGAGGGUGAGAGUGACGAAGAGGAGGAGGAGGUGAGGAGGAGGACAGGAGGAGAGAGAGAGAGAGGAGGAGGUGAGGACAGGAGAGGAGAAGGUGAGGAGGACAGGAGAGGAGGAGGAGAGAGAGAGAGAGAGGAGGAGGUGAGGAGGAGGAGGAGGAGAAGAGAGAGGAGAGAGAAAGGAGGAGGAGAGAGGAGGAGGAAAAGAGAGAGGAGAGAGAAAGGAGGAGGAGAUAGAGAGAAAGGAGGAGAACAGGUGAGGAGCUCAGGUGAGUCCCUGGACUGACCCUCCAUCAGCUGAUCGUGUGAACAGGUGAGCCUAAGAUGUGAACGACCAAUCAGAGUCAGAGACAGGGAGGUGUGUCUGUGGGACUGUAGUAGGGGAGACCGGGGUAAGUCCACCGCAGGAGACCUCUGUCUUUAUGGGAUGAUAUAUGAUCGGGGGGGGGGUCUGAUUGUCUGAUUACCGAUUAAUCGGCCGAUUUUUAACUUAGUUAUGAAGUUAUAAAAUCUAUCUUUACUGAUCAAUACGGCCCCUCAGACUGGACCCCUAACCUCCACGUGGUCGCCUAUAGAGGGGUCAGGGAUCCAUUUAGGACACGGCCGAGAUCACAGCUGGAGCAGGUGAAGACUGCAGAGGUCACCUGUGACCUAAAUGGAUCUCUAACCCCUAUAUCCACCUUAUUCCGAGCUCCCAUGAGCUCUUGCGUGAAUUGUGGGCGUGACUUCAGGUAUGAGCUGAAAGUGCCGUUUGAUCACCUACAGGAGCAUUUUAGGGACUUUAUUAUUAUCCACCCCACCACUCCCCACCUAAAACCACAUCACUGAUGCACUCCAGGAACCCUGGGAAAUCCUGGUCCAUGAUAACCGCUCCAGCUGCAGUGUCCAACACUCUCCUGAAAUCGUGUCAUUUUAGCUUCAUACUGACGAGUCGUCCAAACGCAGCGUACACAUCAGCUGUUCGGAAAAGGGUCAUACAGCGCCGUGUCCUCUCAUACACAUUCAGUCUUACCUGUUGCUCCCGUGACGCUGCUGUGAUUCGUCUGUGGCGUCUCUCCUCCGGUGGUUUAUCGUAUCCUAACCACUAAGUAGCGUACGGGCGUCCCUCCGUUGCUUUUUGUCCAGGAAUGUUUUUGGUGGUCUCUUUUUAAAUUCAUGUUUUUCAGUCACAUCCUUCUGGGUUCCUCUUGGAUCGGAAGGCGAUGGAAACGGUACCGACUGUCACAUGAACACUGGCUCUUGGUUAGAGGCGCGUGUUGAAGACAUCACUCUCGUAGCAACAUAUUGAGCUUCGUCUGGUUGUUCGUAAAGCCACGAACUGCGCGACAUGUCCCCGAGCUGCGUGAGGACAUGCUGCUGGGCUUGAUCGUGAAAAGCUAACGGGGAACUUCCAAAUCAACCUCAGCGAGAAUCGAACGCCGCCGGCAAACCCCCUUUCCUUACUUCAGGAGCGUCAGCGGAAGUUGCGCCCAUAAUCGGUUCUCCAUUAGCGCCCCCAAGAAUAAGGUGGACAGGCGACUGUAUGGGGGUUAGCGCCAUCUUGAGGGGUGACCAAAACCUGAGUGCUCAAUUCCAGUGCCCCAUAUAGGCGACUCAAAAUGCAAAAUGUAAUGACCAUCCGAUGGUCACUCAUCCUGGUAGUGUCGUAAACCUGCAGUGAUGGAGUUUCACUGCAUUAGUCAGCUGUGGAGUAAAACCUCAUGUGGGGGUUCAGGGUCCGUUUAGGACACAGUCUCCAGGUGUAACCAGCUGAGGAAACAUGAUUGGUCAGUUUGUUUAACCCCGCCCCCUGUGUGCAGGUGUGUGACCUGUGUCGACAUCAGCAGGCGUUGCCGUGGGCGAUGGCUCUGAUCGAAGGCGUUGGAGAUGAGGUGACGCUGCUCUUCGGCUCCCUGCUGCUCCUCCUGGUCCUGCUGCUCGCCUGGAUCUCCACCCGCACCUCCGAGCCGCCGGAACACCUGUUCACCUCCACCACAGGCCCCGCCCCCUCACUGAGAACAGGCCCAACCCACCAGGAAACACCCCUCUCCUCCACCAAUACCUCCUCCUCAUCAUCCUCCCCCCUCAGCUCUGUGAGUGACAGCUCUCUGACAGAGGCUCCGCCCACUAACACCUCCACCCAAGAGGACAAGGAUGAGGGGGGAGGGAGGGGGGAGGAGUCUGGAGGAGGAGGAGGGGGUGACGGGGUGAGGAGCAGAGGAGGAGGAGGAGGAGAAGAAGAAGGAGGAAGAGAGGAGUCUUCAUCAUCUCAGAGGAACAUGGUGGUCCGACUAAAGUUCCUGAACGACACCGAGAGGACGGCGAGGGUGACGCCGCAGGACACGGUGGGCUACAUCAAGAGGUAAUCCUACUGCAGUACUACUGUAAUACUACUGUAAUACUACUGCAGUACUACUCUAAUACUACUAUAAUACUACUAUAUAAAACUGUAAUAACACCCAGAGGUCAGAGUGUCAGUGCGGCGGUCUCUCAUCAUCUUUGUCACCAUUUGAUACGUCAUGAUGUUCUCCUCUGACCUUUGAACCCCUCUCUCUCCCUCCCCCCCCCCAGGACCUACUUUGCGGGUCAGGAGCAGCAGGUCCGUCUCAUCUAUCAGGGUCAGCUGCUGCAGGAUGACGCCCAGACCCUGUCCUCCCUAAACCUGACCCAUAACUGCGUGCUGCACUGUCACAUCUCACAGAACGCCAGCCGGGCGGCGACGGGGGGUCCGCGCCCCGCCGACCAGGUGCAGGUGGCGCUGAAUGUGGGCAGCCUGAUGGUGCCUCUGCUGGUCCUCAUGCUGUCCGUGCUCUGGUACUGUCAGAUCCAGUACCGCCAGUUCUUCACGGCGCCGGCCACCGCCUCGCUGGUCGGAGUCACCAUCUUUCUCAGCCUGGUGGCCUUUGGAGUCUACCGCCGCUAGCUGCUCUCUGAUUGGCUGCUGUUUCUCUCCCUGCCGUGACAUCAGCAGCCAGGGCGGAGCUCCGUGUGACGUCUGACCUCUGUGACCCUCGGGGUGACGGACGCUUCUAGAGUUCAUGUUUGUUUGUUUUUCCGUUGCCAUGGAGACGGCGAGCGUCGAGGAGGACUUUGUUUUAAAUUUUUUUAGAUCCAGUUUGUGUAGAACCUCAUCAUGGUGCCUCUUUACUCUGAGGGAAGUCCUGGUUCUGGACGGGGGGGGUCUGAUCCAGACCAAUGAGAGCGAGCGGGGGGGGGGGGGCAGAGAGAGAGAAAGAGACUGUGGGAGAGCGAGAGAGAGAGAGAGCGAACAGGGCGGUUUAAUGAGAUCUUCUUUCAGAGACAGAAAUUCUAUUAAAUCAUUUAUUUAUCGACUCGUC